AUGCUAGGCCCUUGCUCUUGCAAUUUUGCUCACGCUAGGCCCUUUGAGCAGGGCAGUGGGAGGAAGGGGGGGGGGAAGGAGAGGAAGGAGCAGGAGAGGGUGUUGCAAGAGGCAGUGGAAGCAGCAGCGGAGGAGCGGGAACGGAUUCUGAGGGGGGUUGUGGGGAGUGAGGGCGGCAGGCAGCAAGAGGGGUCGCCUGUGGAGUUGCAUGCAGUGGUAGGAGGUGGCGAGGGAGGGGCGUAUGUGGGGGGGGUGGAAGUGGUGGCGCGGGAGGGGCGUAUGAGGCGGCAGGUGGAGCGGCAGGUGAUAGCAGAGGAGCUGCUGACGUCAGUGGGCGAGCUGGGGGUGCAGCUGGGGUCACUGGAGGAGUCGCUGCAGGCGGGCCGGCAUGUGGCAGCAGAGCAGCAGCAACUGCUCACCCGGGUCAGUGCUGUGAGAGCCACGCUUGCCAAGACCAGGAACUGA